GCGGGGUUUAGCCCAGUAGCUCGUCUACUAUGGCGCAGUAUGUUAACUUAGUCCGGAGGGCAGUGGGCCAAAUUACGGGUCACGGUGGAGUUAAGGGGUUUUUCCUGCAACUCUUCAGGGCGAAUGAUGUGAAGACGGGAGCACUGGUCGGGAUCGACAAAUACGGCAACAAGUACUACGAGGACAAGCUUUAUUUCUUCGGCCGUCACCGAUGGGUCAUUUACACCACAGAGAUGAACGGCAAGAAGACGCUGUGGGACGUUGACGGCAGCAUGGUGCCUGCAGAAUGGCACCGGUGGCUGCACUGCAUGACCGACGACCCUCCCACAACACAUCCUCCAGAGCCCAAGAAGUUUCUGGCGGAAAUCCACCAGAUCAACGUGAGCGGGACCUCCGCGUGUUACGUCCCGUAUUCCACCACCCCGAAGAAAAUCCACGAGUGGGUACCGCCUAAAGUCGGACAGCAGUGACGUCAAGCUCAAUAAACGACGCAUUGUCUGUCUGACGUUUUCUUGUGUAAAUUAUAGCUGGGAUUUCUACCUGUAAAUGAUUAAAUCUGCAAAACCUCA